GGACAGGUUGGAAGGAACAACUACGUUGUAAAAGAUGCCUUUAGAGUGGUUAUUUGGUCGUAAAAAGACCCCAGAGGAGAUGCUGCGGCAGAAUCAGCGGGCAUUAAACAAGGCCAUGAGAGAGUUGGAUAGGGAAAGAAGCAAGAUGGAACAGCAAGAGAAAAAAGUCAUUGCAGAUAUAAAAAAAAUGGCUAAAGCCGGUCAAAUGGAUGCUGUGAAGAUCAUGGCAAAGGAUCUGGUCAGGACAAGACGUUAUGUGAAAAAAUUCAUCUUAAUGAAAGCUAAUAUUCAGGCUGUAGCACUGAAGAUACAGACGCUGAAGUCUAACAAUGCUAUGGCACAGGCAAUGAAGGGUGUCACCAAGGCUAUGGCCACCAUGAACAAACAGAUGAAUCUACCCCAGAUUCAGAAAAUUAUGAUGGAGUUUGAGAAACAAUCAGAGAUGAUGGACAUGAAAGAAGACAUGAUGAAUGAUGCAAUUGAUGAUGCUAUGGGAGAUGAAGAUGAUGAAGAAGAGACAGAUGCUGUGGUAUCACAGGUGUUAGAUGAGCUAGGACUACAACUCACAGAUCAACUGUCAGAUUUGCCAUCAACUGGCAAGUCCAUAGGCGCUACAACUCCAGCCAGCAAACAGCCAGCGGCUGCUGCAGGAGUAAGUGAUGCUGACGCAGAUCUAGAGGCAAGACUAGAGAACCUAAGGAGGCAAUAAGGAAGAUAAAAAGUGUACGGACACUCUCACCUAGAAUGACAGGAAAUUUGGAUGGUUGUGUGCAAGUUCAUGUAAGAGGAAUGGAAUGGACAAUCCUAGACUUUAAAUAAGAGUCUGUAUGUUUGUACAGCAUAAGUUAAACCGGAACAAUUUUUGAGUACCACAUUGUGAUUUUAGUAAAACAGGAGAUAUGUUUAUUACGCUUUGACUAAGAACUAAAUAUAAAGGUACUCACCUCAACCUCAAGAUCCAGAAGAGCUAUGUAUAUGGGUCAUUGAGUUUGUGAAGUAGACUAUGAUAUUGGCACUCGUGUUUCUUUGACAACUUGGAUGUAAUUUGAUGGAUUAUGAACAGAAUAUGUCACCUCUACAUGACAUGAUGUAAAGAUAAUACUCUCAGAGUGAUGGAAAAAUCAUACUCUCAGAGUGAUGGAAAAAUCAUACUCUCAGAGUGAUGGAAAAAAUCAUACUCU